UGUGCAGACACACCCACACAGUACACACACACGCAAGGAAAUUUUCCCCGUCGCACACGCAGACACGCACAGUAUAGACGCACACAAUACACACACGCACACGCACAUGGCGCUGAGUGGCAGGGCUUGAGGAUGGAGGUGUGAAGCAUGGCAUGCCGAGGCAGCACUUGGGGAGUAUUGACGGAGGACAAUGCCCGGUUCGUGCUGUUGGCGGCCCUCAUCCUGCUCUACAUGCUGUUCGGAGCAGCCGUCUUCUCCUCCAUCGAGCAGCCGGGGGAGAAGGAAGCCCGUCAGCGGUGGCUGGAGAGACAGGAGAACUUCAGCCUGCGAUACAACGUCAGCCACGUGGAGCUCAGUAACCUGCUCAGGUUCUACGAGGAAGCUAACGUGGCCGGAAUUCACGUGGACAGUAUCAGCCCUCGCUGGGACUUCUCUGGGGCAUUUUAUUUCGUGGGAACCGUGGUCUCAACCAUAGGUUUUGGGAUGACCACUCCGGCCACGGUGUCGGGCAAAAUCUUCCUGAUAUUUUACGGGCUGGUGGGCUGCGCGGCGACCAUCUUGUUCUUCAACUUGUUCCUGGAGCGCCUGGUCACGCUGCUGGCCUACAUCCUGAAGAGCCUGCAUGAGAGACAGCUGAGGAGAGGGGGGCUCCUACCCCAAGACAACAGCCAGGAACCAAGCCCCAUGGCGGAGGUGGACAGCCUGGCCGUGUGGAAACCCUCCGUUUAUUACGUGAUGCUAAUCCUGGGCGUGGCGGCCAUUUUGAUCUCCUGUUGUGCCUCUGCGAUGUAUGUUCUCGUCGAGGGCUGGAGCUACCUGGACUCCCUCUACUUCUGCUUUGUGGCUUUCAGCACCAUUGGCUUUGGGGACCUGGUGAGCAGCCAGAAGGUGGCCUACCGGCUCCAGGGCCUGUACAAGUUCGGUAACUUCAUCUUCAUCCUCAUUGGCGUCUGCUGUAUCUACUCUCUCUUCAACAUCAUCUCCAUCGUCAUCAAGCAGUUCCUCAACUGGAUGCUGAGGAAGUCUGGUUGGCGGUUCUGCCAGGGUUGGCAGAGGAAGCUCUUCCCGCCCCGCAGGAACGCUGUUGUGCCGGGGAACGAGUGGCCCAGGCGCAAGAUCUCCAUCGAGACGGACGGGGUGAACGAGAGCGAGACAGAUGGACGCCGCGUGUCCGGGGAGCUCAUCUCCAUGAAGGACUUCCUGGCCUCCAACAAGGUGUCUCUGGCCAUCAUGCAGAAACAGCUGUCAGAGACGGCCAACGGUCACCCGAGAGCCAUCAGCAACUGCUCCCGGCAUGACAACUUCUUGGGGGGAGUCGGGCCUCUGGCCAUCAUGAACAACAGGCUGGCGGAGACCAGUGUAGAACGCUAAGACCACCCAAAAAGGGUCGCAGUCACCCCCUGUCUUCAAAACCAAUAGCACCAACAACAAAUUACUUUCAC